AUGCCCCAUCUCUACGAACACAUCGACAAAGAACUCGCGCCAACGUGGUUCUACCUCUCCUCCUCACCGUACAAUCUCUACCCCUUCCUCCGAUCCUUCCUCAGCCAAGAGUAUCCCCCCGGAACACUCAUCCUGCGCAACCACUCCUGGAUGGACCUGAGCGGGCUCCUGAAAUCGUUCACGAAGGGGACUCGAGCGUAUAAAGUCGAUCGCAUGGAGAAGCUGUACCGCUGGUUCCCAAAGCGCAGGGUCAUCUGCAUCGGCGACUCGACGCAGAGUGACCCGGAGGCGUAUGCAGAGAUAUAUCGCAGACAUAAACAGUGGGUGCGCGCCAUAUAUAUCCGGCGAGUCACUGACGUGGCGAAUAUGGAGGAGAAGAACAAGGAGAAGCGCUUUCUUAAAGCGUUUGAGGGCGUGCCGGAUGAUGUGUGGAGGGUUUUCGAUGAUCCGGUGCACCUCUACCGAGAGGUUGAUAUGUUGCAGCGGGAGGACUAA